GACAUCCAGAAACAACUUGCUGUAUUCUUGUUGGUUGUGCAGGAGGCUCUACUUCUGCUUUUCAAUGACAUACGGUUGUGUAAUUGUGCGUCUAUUUGCAGCCAUUUUCAGGUGAGUGUAAACAUUGAGUUGGGAGGCGUGGCCAGCAGCAGCUUAUUUGGAUUUCAAGUGACAAGAGGCUCUAAAACAUCUUAUUCUGAAAGCUCAAGAUAGGCAGAACUGACCAGACUAAAAUUAACGAUUUUGUGUAGAAAUGUAAUUAACAUGUUUUCUAUAGACCAUAAAAAGAAUUUUAGGUCAGCUUUAAAUUUGUUUUGUUGUUUUUGUAAAAUAUUAAGAGAAGCAGGAUUACUCAGUCUGUAGAAGUGGGCCACAUUCCUCUCUGGGAUGUUUAUUUUUACUAAAAUUCAAGGCGGCACAUUAUUAGUAGAAUUUUCUGACUUUUCUUCCCCUCCACCCUCCUUUCCUUCACAAGAAAAAGCCGUAAACACAGGCUGUAGGCGCGGCUCCGCCUGGAUCUCAGAGGCUGGAAACUCCUCCCCGGAUCACAUGUGAGGCGAGGAAAAAGGUUCAGGGUCUGCAAUGUGCCUUCGCUUCAUGACAGCUAGUAGUUUUAUUUCAUAAAGUGGUGAACGGCUUCUGAAUGGAUGUUUGUGCUUCCAGCAGAUAGAUUGGUAAGAUUCCUGUCACAUUCAAUGAUGCUGAAAAUUUUAAGAAACAAAAUCUGCUUCAUUCUUUUAAUAAUUUGUCAGUUUCACAGAAAUACUACUUACUACUGUUUGGUUGAAUUUUCAAUCACCUUAAACUGUUACGACACCUACUUUAGAAAUAGUUAUUGACUGUUUAUUAUUUUUAAAUGAAAUCCACUCAGUUUUUGAUGGCCAGGCUGCUCCCAGUCAGUGCCACAUCUCAUAACGAUGACCUCAGUGGCAUAGCUAUCUAAGUCAAUGAAAGGAUUCUUAUUUUGCUGAGCGAAUUCAGGGAAAACUCCAGAGAGGCAUUUGACUGCUCAUGUGGAAUCCAGCCCUAGUCAUGUGCUUGUCCUUCUGUGAUCAGGGAGUUAUUAUGUGCUGUUAAGCCUCUCUGGUGGUCAUGCAGAAGGAAAACAGUAGCUUUGAUGGAAGAAUUUAACUCACCCUGUCAGGAUUUACUGAAAAUCGCUCUAAUGUGUCUGAACUCCCAUGAAAAUCCGCAGAGAGUCGUUCACAGAUUCAACCAAGCAGCACGAUGGUGGACUGGGACUAUGACUAUCUGAUCAAGCUCCUGGCGCUCGGCGACUCGGGCGUGGGAAAGACCACCUUCCUCUACAGGUACACGGACGGCAAGUUCAACAGGAAGUUCACGACCACGGUGGGAAUUGACUUCAGGGAAAAGAGAGUGGUUUACACGGGGACCGGUGCUGAUGGGACGAGUGAGAGGAACUUCAGAGUCCACCUCCAGCUCUGGGACACAGCGGGUCAGGAGAGGUUUCGCAGCCUCACAACGGCUUUCUUCCGAGAUGCAAUGGGCUUCCUGUUGAUGUUCGACUUGACCAAUCAGCAAAGUUUUGUUAACGUCAGGAACUGGAUGAGUCAGCUUCAGGCCAAUGCGUACUGCGAUAACCCAGAUGUGGUACUUGUGGGCACUAAGGCAGACAUCAGAGACACGAGGAACGUUAACGCCAAACUGGCCAGAGAGAUGGCUGACAGAUACGGCAUCCCCUACUUCGAGACGAGUUCUGUGUCGGGAGUGAAUGUGGACGCCGCUGUGCUCACCCUGCUGAACCUGGUGAUGAAGAGGAUGGAGCAGAGCACGUAUGGGGCCCCUGGCUCUGAACCCAAUGGGAGCCCCACCACCAGCCAUGAGGUGGAGGAGGCCCCCAUCAGGAGGUGGUGCUCCUGUUAAUGUUCCCAGCAGCAGCAGCAACGGCGUAGGAGAAACAGACUUUAAAAAGUGUAUAGACAAAGACUUAUUGAAAUUUCCUAUAUUUCUUUUGGUUUCUCUUGUUGUGUUAAGAACAGAAUAAACUACUU